ACUACGCUCGCUCUCUACGUUGGUCGCAUCUCAGAUACCAAGUAACAGCAUAGGAGAACAUCGCUGCGGCAUCCCUUCAGCAGUAAGAUACAUACCAAGGUCUGUCUCCAGACUUCUCCGCAUUCCGACCUCCCACCAUGGCCUCGUCAUCCUCAUCCUCCAGCGCCUCCCUCAGCUCGCAACACGCCCAACUGCUCCGCUCCUUCAGCUCCCUCUCCUCCACGAGUCCCUCUGCCGCCGAUCUCAAAUCUCUCUCGCUCCAACUCACCAAGCUCAAGAUUGCUCUCACGCAGGCUGGUCUACUUGUGCCUACGAAGGACGCCAAGAAGGACGAUCUGGUCCUGGCGAGAGACGUGCUCGAAGUGGGGGCUUUUUGGAGCAUUAGGGCAAAGGAUGUCAAGAGCUUUGAUAGGUACAUUGAUCUAUUGAGGGUAUUCUAUACCGACCUUGGCUCGCUCUUGCCAGCCUCGUCCAACCAACCUCCUCUGCUAGGUCUGUCCCUUCUACGACUCCUCUCAUCCAACGCAAUCGCCUCCUUCCACACCACCCUCGAGACGCUUCCACCAGCGCUCGUCGCCGACUCUCCCUAUCUCCAACACCCGGUCAACCUAGAAAGAUGGCUCAUGGAAGGCUCCUACAGUAAAGUCUGGCGUUCCCGCGAUCAAGUUCCACAGGAGGAGUACAGAUUCUUUGUGGAUGGUCUCAUGGAGACGAUUCGACAUGAGAUUGCCAGCUGUGAGGAAAAGGCGUAUGAUAGUUUGCCAUUGAAUGAUGCGGCGACGCUGCUCUUCUUUGAUCGGAUGCAGCAGGUGUCUGAUUUUGCCAAUGAGCGAGGCUGGCAGAUCAAUCCAAGCACCCAGACGGUCCACUUUGGCAAGAAAGCAUCAGCAGCAGCAGCCGGGACGUACGGUGAUCCCAUUCCCAAGCGAGCCAUGAUCGCUUCGAAUCUGUCUUUUGCGAGGGAGCUGGAAAGUAUCGUGUAG